CGCGACAGCCAAAACAGCACUCAUCGUCACCUCGACCUCCGACUUUCCGAUCUUCUCCCGAAACGAAAAACGCCGCCAUUUGGUGGUGAAACCAGCAUAUUGUAUCCAGAUCCCGAUCCUCCGACGGACACCAGCUCCGUCACGGAGCACUUCGUCAAAAUUUAUUCCAACACAUCGCGGGCCUCCCUCCUGGGGGGCUCUUUUGAUCCGUCCUUUCGGCGUGGUUUUCGUGGACGGGAAGGAUACACAAACGUUCCUCCGGAUCCCCCAAAGCGACACAGGAUGUACCGCCCCAAUUCUCUGUGGACGUGGUCCUUCUGCAUUGUCACCCUUGUGCAAACGAUCAUUACCCUCGCCCUGGAGUGUUAUAUUUUCGUCAAUUUCCAGGUCCAAUUGCUCCCAUCGGCCGCCACGACGACUGCCUCAAAACCUAUUCCAACCUUCCUAGCCCUCUAUAGCUUUGGGUUCAUCUAUGAGCUGAUUCUCGUUUACGAUGCGCUACGCCUUAAGAACACUAUUCAGGUUAUCGGACUGUGCAUGUGCAAUAUCGGGUUGUUGAUUUACGGGGCCGUGCAGGUGCAACAAAUUCGCGAUGCUGUACAAAUUCUCUGGGACAAUGGUGCUAUUGCGGAAAACGUCUGGGGAGAAACAGAGCCUUUCCUUAUCAUCAUCCCCUGCGUCGUGGCUAUGGGUUCAAUCUUGAUGGUGAUCGUUGCCUGGAAACUAUACGACGAGUUCGCAUGGUCUAUCUACAAACAUAUCAGUGCCGAUCUGCGAAUGAAGCGCCGGUAUCUGACUUAUCAGAUCUAUAUCUCGCUUCUGAAAUUCGACUUCUUCUUCUUCCUUGGUUUCACCGUUCAAUUCGUCGUUAUCGUCACGAAUAGGACCGACAUAGAAUUCGCCCUUACACUAGCUGCCAUUCCCGUGACGAUUAUAAUUCUGAUCUGCGCGGCCUUCUUCGUACGGCGCGAAAGCUCGAUUGGCAUGAUUGUUGUCAUUCUCCUUUACUUCGCGGCCAUGGCCUAUUUCUUAUUCAAGCUAGUCCGGAUGUACCAGCCUGGUACUUAUGACCUAUACUUGACUGCUCGGCGCUCUUUGACAUUCUUCGCCGUCAUCACCCUUGUGCUCAUCGUCAUCACCAUUAUCAACGCCUGUGUGUGUAUGCACAACUUCCACAAGGGCCUGAAGCAACAUGUACACAAGAAGAAGACGCAGAACAAAGAGGGCAAGACGACUGAGCUGUCCUCCAACAUCUCUUCUGGCCAGGUGCCUACUCGAAUGAUGAUCGAUUGAGCAAAUCGCAGGCUACAUUCUACGAGUUCUGGAGAGAGACCGAA